CCGGCGUCGCGAAUGACGACAACCGGGGCCCGCGCGAGCCGUCAACCUGCCGCUAUCAGUGCUCCGCCUGACCCCACCGCCGCCGGUACCGCCACGGGCCGGGACCUGUCCAGACGCCGCGCCGACUCAACCCAAACCUUCGGAAAAUCCCGGAAAUCCCAUACAAUUUCCGCUUUUCACCUCCGAACCGAUCGGUGGUUUUCGCUCAAACUAGCUGCAGACGGAGACCCUUGCUUUUUUCCUCUCUUAUCUCUUCCUAAUCUCGUUAUCUUUCACUACCGGCUCAUCAUGUGCUUAUCACUCUCCCAGUGACAAUGACCGAAAUUGAAUACGGAAGUUGUGGAAUGAAGAUACUGACACCGUGAAGUUUUUCACUCCCUAAACUUUGACUUUGCCUCGUUAGUGUUUUUUCCGCGCUAAACCUAGUGAUAACAGUCACAUUGAGUGUCUGCUGAUUUUGUGCACCUUUUACCGGGAAUUCCAGCAGGUCAGCUAUCUUUUUCUACUGUGAAAAAACUGAUUUCAGAUAAGUUUCGGCUCAAACGAGCGGUGGCGCUUCGACGACCGGUGAAAUAUUUUCGGAGCCACUCUGAAGUCGAGACUGGUGGAUGCACUCGCGGUUUUUUCGCUUCGAUGACGGAUUCUCGGCUCGGUAUCAAUAGCGUACACUUGCGUGUGCCUACUAAGUAGUUUUUUCGGGACGAGUGAGAUUUUUCCGGGACACCCCGGUUUUUUCUAGGAGUGUCAAGUGUCGCUGACGUUCAUUCAUUUUAACACCGGUCUGUUAACAUUUGUUACGUUCCCAGCUUCCCGGAAGCUCGGCGUAAAGGAAGCUCGGGGAAUCCGCUCCAAAAAGCCUACACUCAUCGUCAGAGGAUUUGUUCCGGAAAGCUCAAGAUCCAGAUCUCGGCAAAAAAUCGGAGCUAUUCAAACGCGAACAUUUUUGCCAAGUGUCACGUGCGCGUGCAACCGGCACCACUCAACCGCCUCUUUAAAUUUAAAUUCGCUCCAUGCUAACCGCUCGACACAUGUCAGCUUCGUGAUAUCACCGUUUUUGAGUUGAACAACGUGUAGUCCGUUCUAUUGUAGACCGAGAGGUGGUUUCAAAGUAUAUACUUGAUACUCUCGUGGAGUGGAGUUGCAUCUUUAGUAGACGAUAAAGUGGUCGAAACCGAUUGUCGGAAGUGGUAGAGUGUAUUCGGUGCAUGACGAGGUGAUCGUCGGCCGAAGAGACUGUUGGGUCGGACGAGGGAAGUGGAGCUCGAAGUCGUCAGUGGCGUGGAGUAUGAUGGGGGCGCGUGUCGGGGGGUGGCGGCCCUAGCCGCGGGGCGACUUGCGGGAGGACGCCGGAAGGGGAUGCUUCGGCAGAUGCUGCCUGUUCUGGAGGCGCGCGAGAGAUGGUGAACAUGGCCGAGCGGAAGACAACGGCGAUCCGCGUCGGGUUCUACGACAUCGAGCGGACGAUCGGCAAGGGGAACUUCGCCGUCGUCAAGCUGGGAAAGCACCGCAUCACAAAGACAGAGGUUGCCAUCAAGAUAAUCGAUAAGUCCCAGCUGGAUUCUGUCAAUUUGGAGAAGGUGUAUCGAGAAGUAGAUAUCAUGAAGCAGUUGGAUCACCCACAUAUCAUUAAACUGUAUCAAGUCAUGGAGACGAAGAGUAUGAUUUACAUCGUUUCCGAGUAUGCUAGUCAAGGCGAAAUUUUCGAUUACAUCGCGCGGUAUGGAAGGAUGACCGAGAGCGCUGCCAGGCGGAAGUUUUGGCAAAUUCUUUCCGCUGUCGAGUACUGCCAUAAUCGAAAAAUCGUUCAUCGAGAUCUUAAGGCUGAAAAUUUACUAAUGGAUGCUAAUAUGAAUAUCAAGAUUGCUGAUUUUGGAUUCAGCAAUUAUUACACCCCGGGAGAGCAGCUGGCAACGUGGUGCGGGUCACCCCCUUAUGCUGCGCCUGAGGUGUUUGAGGGCAAGAAGUAUAUCGGACCCGAAAUAGAUAUUUGGAGUUUAGGGGUAGUAUUGUAUGUGCUGGUGUGUGGUGCUCUUCCAUUUGAUGGUUCUACACUGCAUAGUCUGAGGGAUCGAGUCCUUUCCGGCCGGUUUCGUAUCCCAUAUUUUAUGAGCUCAGAUUGUGAGUCUCUGAUCCGGAAGAUGUUGGUGCUAGAUCCGUCGAAGCGGUUCUCGAUCGAGCAGAUCAAGAGGCAUCGAUGGAUGAUGGAGGAGGCGCCGCGACUUCUUCCGAGUGCCGGCACCGACUCAAAAACUGAGCCCAACGAGCAAAUCUUAAGACUGAUGAAAAGCCUCGGCAUAGACGUCAUUCGCACUAGAGAGGCCCUGCGCAAAGGCAGCUACGACCACCACUGCGCGAUCUAUUUCCUGCUGUUAGAGAAGCUCCGCUGCCAACAACGAACCCUACCUCAGGAGCCGACGGCGCCGAGUCCGAUGGCUCCAGCCACGCCGAAACACCAGCUGGCCGACUUCCAGACCGCCAAGCGCCGCCCGAGCACCAUCGCCGAGCAGGCCAUGCGCAAGCUCAACCUCACAGGCCUCCCUUCCACCGGGCUCCUCACGGCCGAGUCCCGGAAGUCCUUCCUCGAGUCCUCCAUCCGCCUUCCGCCCCAGGAGGAGCCCAAGAGCAUCCUCUUCCCCCAGGACACUCGACUCCUGGACUCCAAGCCGCAGGACAUCCUGGACCUCAACACCCGGCUCCUAUCGCACGACUCGACCAUGCGCUUCCCGGCCACGUCCGAGUUGGUCGACAUGAGCGCCAACUCCCGAGUCAUCACCAGCGUGGACCCCUUGCGGCUAGGCAACCCGCCGGAGCUACUACCGGCCACCCACGAGUUUCGGCCGGAGGAGGCCUACCCGCGGCUAACCAAUCAGCAUCCCCCGUUCCGGGAGCCCCUCCCGGCUAAUAGCCUCGAUGGCACCGACAUCACGAACGAGAUCCUCGGACUCUACGACAGUUCCUACACGGCGCCCAAAUUCGCCGGGGUCGCCAACUACCGCUACGAAAUGAGCGGGAGUCACCCGUACUCGAAGCCAGAGACGGUGACGCAGCAGUACUCUUCCUCGACCGACGAAGGGGUCGAGACUGACAUGGAAGAGUCGCCGGUUUCCGCCAAUCAAAGGUUCUCCUACGCGUCGUCCUCGUCGAGCAGCGGACUCUACACCGGCAUGCAACAACCUCAGAAGAGUCUCUCGCAACAUCUGAGCUCCGACGAUUCGUUAUCCUGCUGCUCGAGCUCCUUUUCAACGACGGUUGACAACACUAGUCUAGAUUACUAUCACCCGGUUCUGACCUGUAGUUUGCCGUCCUGCACGACCGGGAUGUCGAAAACCAUCUCGGACAACAUCGUCAUCUCCACGUCUGCCAUCCACCCGAACCUGUGCGUGACGAGCUACAGGCGGCACGCCCCGUCGCUGUACCAGACCCACGGGACCAACUUCAAGUCUCGGAGUUUGAUGCGGUCGCCGGUGGACUUCAGGGAGGGGCGACGCGCCUCCGACGGGCUGGUCGCGCAGCAGGGCGACGACACCUCCUCGAGACAGACUUUCGGCGGGGUGGUCGCCUUCAACAGCCAGAAGCUCAACGAGUCCGGGAAGACCAAAGGCGUCAUGGAACUGAACUUGGUCCAGAAGGAACACAAGAUGCUCAAGUCACUUUAUCAAACGUCACUGACCCAAGAGGAGCUACUCCAGAAGCAGAAACAGCACAGCGAGUACAGCCAGAAGAAAGACCUGACUUCGUCUUGGUGCUCCUUGGCGCAGGAGCGUUCCCCACUGCCGACGCCGAAGAAGUCGGUCCCCGAGAACUUCCAGCCUUUCCCUCCAGCCAACGACAUCGAGCCGAACGUGGGGAAAACCACGCUACACCAGCAGCUUUUCCAGCACCGCCUGCUCCAGCAGAAACGGCAGAUCCUCCAAAAGCAGGGGGCGUUCCAGUCGUCCUCGAUCGAGAACCCGGUGCAGAACAUCCUGCAGUCUUCGCCCAUUGGCCUCUCCCGAAGACAGAUGCUCCGCCAGGCUUCAUAUAAACUCGCUCAGCAGACCCAGAUCGUGCCGCCGAUCCAGGCCGGCUCCGACAAGGACUUCCCGACCAUCCUGGAGGACUGCACGAACGGGUUGAAGUCCCCGUCCCGUGGCGCCCCCUACCAGCAACUGACGUACGACGAGGGCGCGCUCCAGAACGUCCUCGACUCUUGUAACGAGCAGCUAUGGUCGAGUCUUCCUAACUCGCUCGCCUCUUGCCAGAUUGACUCCCCGGCCCCUCGCUUUGCCUCCGGGUGGAGUUCGUCACCCCCGGUGAACGAGACGGAAUUGCUCAUCAGCAGCAGUCUGUGGCAGCAGCCCAUCUUCGCCACGACUCAGUCAGUCCUUGCAUGGAACCAGCAAUCGGGUGGAAACUUGGGGCUCAGUGGAUACAAACCGUCUACGCAUGCACACUCUUGGAGCCCCAGUGUGACACCCCCCAUGCAGCCAGUCAGCGAAAGCCCUAUCCUUGAGCUCACCGAGCAGAUGGAGUCCAUGUAAAGUUGCCUUCCUCCAAGAGCCAACACUGUCAAAACGAACAUCGAACCCUCUCGUUAGAUUGAUGCAGCAUUGAACAUGGGAGGCAUUUCCACGAACCUAGCAAGCCGAUUAUUGGAAUUUUGUUUUUGUCGGGCGUAGAUGACAUGGGUAGCUUACAUGGCGCAGCGUGAUUGGUCGGCUAUAUCUUAUCGCUUGUCCUGCCUAUGUCUGGUUGAAUCGACAUCAUGCCAUUGAGAAAUCAAGAGGUGCCUUCACCCUGUCGUCAAUUCUGUCUGACAUAGGUACGACGAAGCAGUGACAAGACAUAGCCGACCGAUCCUACUGCGAAAAAGCCAAGUCAUAUGUGUCCACCCGACAAACACAAAAUGUCAAUAAUCGGCCUGCAGGACAAAAUUGUGUGUUGUUUUUUGAUCGAGCUCAUGUGAAAUAUCUGUCUCCUGGUUUUAGGAAAUAUAUAUUUGGGAUUUAUGAUUGAGUUACUUCUACAGAACUCGUUUGGGAUCUGAGAAGUCUUAUUUUAACCAAUCAAAACAUGAUUUUCUAGAUAUGUUUAAUUAUUCCAACAAGUGAAUGUGGAGAAAAUAGCUAGCUAGCUAAACUGUUGCUCUGGAUUUAUCACAUUUAAUUAUUUCAGCUUGUAUAGUGGCCCUCCGCCAAAUAUGAAUAACGCUCUGGGGGGCGAGAGGAGAGAGAGGGGUACCUACGCUUGCGUUAUAGUUGCGUUAGAUAAAGGAGGGCAGUCUUACAGAGACGCGUUACAGAAAGCUAUGAUUCGCUCGUAUUUAUGCGAUGUUAUUCGUAGAUCUAAUUAAGAUGAAAAAUUGACGCGUAGUGAAAAUUUGUCAUCCAAAAUUCAUCACCAAACGCUAAUUUGAAGGGGACAACCUUCAUACAAAAGCGUCACAUAAUUCUUUUAAGGGAAAACACCUGUUUACCGCGUGCAUUCCGAGUUAGAGGGGGAAGUAAAAAAAAAAACAAUACUUCCUCUCUACCCUAUGGGAGCGAGAAAGUAAAAAUCUGAUUUUCAGCGUUGCCAAUUUUAUGAACGGCCCUAUAGCUUCAUGAUGAAAAGAAAGAAAAUGGCCAUGACUGCUCCCCGCUUUUCAUACCUACUCAUUUAUAUCGACAUUUUCAGAGAGGCCUUCCCACUCUUAAAAAUUAUAUCCAUUUGCCAACUUUAUGAGUUGUUAAAAAGGUGCUUUUAUGAAGAGAACCCCUAUUAAUGGACGUUUAAUCCCUACUUUAAUGGCAAACUUUAAAAAAUCGGAGCUACCGGGAGAGGCUAAAUAAUGGGUCACAACAUCAAUGGUGGGGAAUCGAGUUUUAUUCAAUGCAGUUGAUUUUUUAAAGUAUUUGUGUAUACAGUCUUUAUGUUACGAAGAACGUUUGCAUUUCUACUUAGAUCAAUUACUUUAUUCCUAUGAGAAGCCCAGUCAAAGUACUUACUUGUCAAGUUUCAUUUUAAUGUAAACCAUCAGAGAACUAUCUCUAGCAAUAAAUGACUUCAUUCCUUAGAAGUUCCGCACACGUAUCAUAACUUAAAUUGUAUUUCAUUAUUGUAAGUGUAAGUUAAGUGCAAAUCACUAUUUUUCCACUGUCCUUUCGACACUAAAUCUAGCGAGACACUUGCUCAAGCUGAAACAUUUUUCAAGCUGUUGUAACAUUCAAAUAUAUUAAUAUCGCCUAUCAAUGGAAAACUUUACAAAUUAAACAGGGUUCAUUCAACAGCUAAUGUUGAAAUCUCUAGAUGCGCACAUCUUCUACAAAUUUAGCAUUUUUUACUCGUGUUCUUCACUGACUCACCAAUUUUUAUAUGAAUGAAAGACAAUAAUUUCAGUUUUUAAAUUUGUACAUAAGUCGAUAUUGAGCUCGGCGUUUUCAUAUUGAAAGUAACACAACUGUCAGUUGCUCUCAGUUUUUUUUUUUUUUUUUUUUUUUGAUCCGUUUAAAUAUUUCUAAUACGAUCUUGUAUUUAAGCCUCAUUUCAUGAUUUUUAUAGUCUAAGUCCAAGCACCAUCCAUUCACUUCUAUGUCUUGUACGUUGAGAAUAAAAUAAUGCAUAAAUUGACCGUGAUAUAUCUAUUGAAGUAGUGGACAGAAUCAUUCUUUUUGAAGAAAAGAGUUUUCAUUUCAUAAAUCUCUGACGCAGGAGCCUUCGCUUCCCAUUGGACAAAAUUAAAAUUUUUCACAUAUGCAUGGCAUGGUACUACAUGACUAGCCAGUGCAGUUACAUCCGAUUAAAACGAUUUUGUACAUAAUAUAAUCAGUUUUUAUUAUUUAUUCACUUGUUUUUUGUUUUUGUUUUUUUAUCUUAUUACUUUUUUACCGUUUUCAAAAUUGGCGUGUCUUUCAGUACCUUUAGAGAGGCUCAAAAUGUUACCCGACGCCCACCUUUCUCUCGAUUGUACGUAAAAAUGAAGAAGAAUAAUGAUUCUUAUUCUGAGGAGAUUGAUAACCUGCUUGACUUUUUCAAAUUUUUGUAAAACUAUUGGGCUGGGAAUAUGUAGCUGCUAUGCGGUAAUUUCUGGAGGUGCGCUGGUUUCCCAAAAACCCACUAUCGCAUUUUGUAUAGUUACUCGUUUAGAAUGUGAAACUUAACUCAAAAUUGCGUGUUGUAUAAUCCCAAAAUACAUAGCCAUGACGUAAUAAUCGCGUACCCGUGUUCCAUUAUACAGAAAUUGUUUUUAAACCAGCAGAGCUGGUAGUCUUUUUGUUAUUCAAUUCCAGUCCAUCUUGAUAUCCUUUUUUUUUCUAAAAUUGACUUAUUCAGUAGAGUAGCAUUUUUUUUUACAAGUAGCCUUGUAUGUAUUUAAAUCUGUUGAACAGUUGUUAGCGUUAUAUUGAAAUGAUUCUCAUAUUGUAAACAUUUUCGAAAUUGUAAAUGAUACUUAAAUGACAAUGAAAAGAGAAAAAAUCAAAGAAAAUAAAGUGAUAACUAUGAUACAGCGA